AUGCCGGAUAGAAACCAGCUACGAAGUUGUCGCGCAUUUUCAAGCCCUUGCUUCGUAGCUGGGUGGCUCUCUUCACAGUUGGAUGGAUGUUUUUCCGGGUUGUCAGAUGAGAACAGCCUGCUGCCUUUUACAUUCACUUUGACUGGGAUAACGGACUAUACAAAUGAAGGAGGCUGUAAAGAGCCUCCUGUCUCCUUUUCACGGCUGCCUUGCAGUGGUGCUGCCAGUGCUUGCCCGCCUGGCAAGUCAGAACAUGCUUGGUCCCCAGCAGACCGACAGCAGAAGAUGGCCAAGCUGCAAGAGCCUGGGGAUGAUUUGGGGGAGGGCAUUUUGGUGGCUCCCGAGCUGGAUGGAUCUCGCCUUGCAGGCAACAGGCUUAACCUGGAUGUUUAUCCUGACGGCUGUCACCAGUUUCUUGACCUGUUUGACAAGCAAAAGAAGGAAGUGACUCAGGUGGAGUUCCUGCGGUUGAACUGCAACGAGGACCUCAUAAUCUCCACGCUGGCCAUCCUGCCUGCCCUGAGGACCCUGAAAUCCCUCAUCCUCAAAGGUGGACAUGCCCGGGAUGAAUUUGGUGCAUGUCAGAGAGGCUCCCUGACAACCUUGCCUCCCGAUUUUGGAAACCUCAUGUGCCUCACUCACCUGGAUCUCAGCUUCAAUAGCUUCUCCAGCUUACCCAGCUGCAUCACCCACCUUGCCAACCUUAGUGUACUUGUGGUAAGCCACAACUGCUUGGUGGGGCUGCCUGAAGACUUUGGUCAUCUUACUAAGCUGACUGAUUUCUUCGCCAUAAAAAACCAUUUCAGGGAUCUGCCUCAGAGCAUUGGGGAGCUGGUGGCACUGAAGAAUCUGGACUUAUCUGAGAACACACUGGAAAGCCUCCCUGAGGAAAUUGGGAAUCUUUACAACUGCAUGGAGCUGAAUCUCUCAGGGAACCGGUUAACUCAUGUCCCUGACUCACUAGCCAAUUUGGGAUCUCUGCACCAGCUGCAUCUUCACAGCAAUCUCCUAGUGACAGUCCCUGCAUCCCUCGCCAACCUUCCCAACUUGUUCAGGCUUGACUUGCAAAACAACAGGCUCCGCUACAUCCCCCCUGAGAUCCAGAGCAAACCCUUCGUACAUCUCCGGGGCAAUCCUCUAGGAGAACCUGAGAUGCCCCUGACGCCUGAUGAAUCCAGCUCAGGAGAGUUACAAAGGCUGGUCCUUGCACCGGAUGAGAACAGCUUUACUGUGACACCCAAAGGCUGCAAAGCUCUCCUGGCCUGCGGCAUCCGGCUUUACUUCCCCCCCGGGGCUGCCACCACCUCUAUCACAAUCCAUUUCCAAACACUCGUUCCUGAUCCACAGUGGGUGAAGCUGAGGCAUCAUGAUAUCCUGUUGAGCAAAGUCCUGGAGCUACAGCCCCAUGGGCUUGAAUUCCAGCAGGAGGUGCAGAUCUGCAUGCCUUAUGCCUCCCCUCAAACCAUUCACGAGCGAGAGGUGGUGGUUCGGACCUUCAGUGGGCAGAGCUGGAGUGACUUGGGAACGAAAGUGGAAUGGAAAAGAAAGACAAAGAAGCACAUGGCACUCUGUAGUGUCCCUCACUUCUCCUGGUUCCUGGUCAUCUCUCAACUCGUGGAGAAUAAGUGCAACGUCCCACGGGAGGGCACAUUGCUCUUUUCCACAGUGGAUCCCAACAUCAAGGUGACCUUCCCUCCUGGAGUCACUGAGAAGCCUCGGACCAUCAGGUUGCAGGUUUUGCCAGUGUCACCCGACGACCUGAAGGAGAUCAUGGGUGAUCCAGAGUCCAGAGCCAGUCCCCUUCUCUGUCUCUCCCAGAACUCUUCUCUGGAUUUCCUGAGGCCAGUUAAAGUUCAGCUACCAUUACCACCUGGAGUCACAGGUUUAGAUCUAACUUUGGAUCGUUCCAGAGUACAUCUUCUUCAUGGUGACCUCCAAGCCCAAAUUUGGGAUGACAUCACAGAUCAGGUGGUGCUGGAGUUCACUCAUCGCUAUGCAAUAUUUGAAGUCACCCACUUCUCCUGGUACUGGUUAUGGUACACCACCAAGAAGUACGUCAGUGGUAUUGCCAAGAAGGUCUACGAGAGGUUGCGUAUGUACCAGGUGAACUUCAUUGCUCUGCAGAGGAAAAAAGACCCCGAGCAAGUCUUGCUGCAGUGUGUCCCCAAGCACAAGGUUGAUCCAGUUCUGAAAAAGCUUCACGACCGAUACCGAGGACCAGAGCCAUCAGACAUGGUAGAGAUGUUUGAGGGAGAGCAGUUCUUCGCAGCCUUUGAACGAGGCAUCAAUAUUGAUGCAGACCGCCCAGACUGCAUGGAUGGCCGGCUCUCAUUCAUCUUUUACUCCCACUUAAAGAACAUGAAGGAAAUCUACGUGACCUCUGCAAUGGAUAGGAAAGACCAAGCUGUGAAAGGCCAGGUCUCCUUCUAUCGAGGAGCAGUUCCAGAGAAUGUGCCCGAAGAUGCCAGCAGGAGGAGGAAAGGGCCUGAUUCCCACUGGCUGGCUACUCUGCCAAUCAAACUGCCUAAACUGAAAUUGCGCCAGGGUGAUCCCUCAAAUGGCUUCUCCUUUCCUCCUCUGAAUCUGGGGAAUGAAGAGACCGGCUACCUGACGCAAGCUAAUCUGCUUAGCAUUGCCAGGCGCAUUGGAGCUGACUGGCAGACCAUUGGCUUGAACUUGGGGCUGACUUAUCAGCAGAUUGAACGGAUAGGGUACAACAACAGGGAGGACCUGGACAGGCAGAUCUUGAACAUGUUAUUCUCCUGGGCCCAGCAGAACUCUGAGGACCAGAACUGUGUGGAGAAGCUGGUCAUAGCCAUGAAAGAGAGUGGCCGCCAGGACAUUGCUGAUGAGAUUGAGGCUAUUAUUGACCUGGGGAGGCAAAAAUACAGAGAGUCCAUCCGUCGGGUAGGGCUGGACCAGGGAAGCAGCACUGAAGACUCUGCAAUAGCUAUGGUGUAGCAGCCAGCAAUAGGAACUCUGCUUCCUACUGUGGUUUCCUACCUUGUGCACUGGAUAACAUGGCUACUCUGACGAUUCCCAGUGGAGUGGGUGCUGUGAGCACCUACUGCUGAUCCACUAUGCUCUGCUGAGACUAUGCUAGUAUGUGAUUUCUGUGAAGUUCACACACCCCAAGUCUGUAUGUAUUUCAGCAUAUGGAAAAAGACCUCGGACUGUCAUACCCUGAGUUCGGGGAUUCUGGCUUUAGGUUUUAGAGACAAGGAGAAACUCAGAGCCUCAGACACUGGCAUUUAAAUAAUAGAGAAAAUAGCUCUUAACAUUCUUUUGUUGCAAUAUAUAUUAGAGGUGCACUGAUUUAUUGGUGCCAUAAUAGAUUGGCACUGAUAAAAGGAAAUUUAACGUUAUCAGCUAUUGACUUUUCUGGCCAGUGUAGCCAAUAAUGUCACCGAUAAAUAUAAUAUGCCUUCUGGCCGGGGCCUCCAGAUGCCACACGCAUGCACAUGGCCAGGAAUACAGCCGGGCAGUGUGGAGAGCAGCACCCUGCCAGUAAGUCUGUGGAGGGGAAGGGACAUGGGAGAGGGAAGGGGUGUGGGCCAGGCAGAUUGAGUCCCCCCGGUCAGGGGCAGGGGCUGGGGAUGGGGGCACUGCCCAGCCAGGACAAUGAAUGGGACCCUGGGCUGGGGCAGGGAGUGGGAUGAAGCUAUGGGGAGCUCAUCCAAGGGGUGUUGGGGGAGGAGUAAAGGGGGGCAGCUCCCAGCUGUUGUGUGCAACCAUGGAAGAGGCAUGGGGGGGCAUGUGCCCCCCCGAUUUAUGCAUGGGGCGAGGGCAAAGGCAGGCAGCUCACUACGGGCUUAGGGCUCUCUAUCCUGCUGCCUUUGCCCUGGAAGCUGUGUGCUGGCCUCAAAUCCCCUGCUCACUCAUCAGUAGUGGGGGCAGCAAACUAUGCCUCCCACUGCUGGGCAGGCAGGGAACAUGCAGCCAGCGCCCCUUCCCUCGCAACAAACUUACCAGAUGGACCCAGCUCCUCUCCAUGCUCCCAGACUGUGCUCCUGGCCACCUGCAUGCUGCACUGCAGCUGUAUGCAUGCAUGGAUCAUUUAUUAGUCACAUCAGCCAAAAAAAGCCCAUUGCUAAUACAGUCAAUUUUCCUUAUUUUGGUCCUGAUCAGAUAUGGGACCAAUGUAUCAGUGCACUUCUAGUAAUUUUUUCUCAUUUAUUCUGCGUACCCCCUACAACCUUUUUAAGUACCCCUAGGGGUACACAUGCCUCCAGUUGACAACCACUGGGUUAAAGGAUCCGUAUUGGCCAACAUGCCUGGUGAAUAAUCAGCUAUGUCUGUUCACCAGAGCGCCCCAAGGAAAAACAAGGACCAGCUCCUC